UCACCGACCAGGCAUGGAAUCUACCGCCAUUACCGAACGCAUCAAACACGAGAUCGUGGAGGAACCGGGUUCGAAGCCGACCUUCCGAGCACCGUACCGGCUCAGCCCUACGGAGCUGACCGACAUGAAGAAGCAGAUCGAGUAUCUCCUAGCCAAAGGACUCAUCCGACCAUCUACUUCGCCUACGGUGCCCCAGUACUCUUCACACCGAAACCGGACGGAAGCCUGCGCAUGUGCAUCGACUACCGAGCUCUUAACAAGCAGACCAUCAAGAAUAAAUAUCCGAUACCGCGAAUCGAUGACCUGCUUGACCAGCUUCGGGGAGCUACGGUAUUUUCCAACUGGAUCUGCGUCCGGAUACUGGCAGAUACGGAUGGCGGACAACUCUAUCCACAAAAACUGCUUUUCGAACUCGGUACGGAUCGUACGAGUAUUUGGUCAUGCCGUUCGGACUCACCAACGCACCGGCAACGUUCCAAGCCGAAAUGAACCACAUUCUACGACCACUUCUGGACGAAUGCGUGGUGGUGUACCUGGACGACAUAUCAUCUACUCGCGCGACAUGAAGCAGCACAAAAGCGACAUCUGCUACAGUGGGACAGUGACAUCGCGUACCGGAAAGGAUCAAAAAAUCUGGGUACCCAAUUACCCUCCUUUGCGCCAGUUACUACUCGAAGAAUACCACGACGUCCUGUACGCCGGACACUUCGGUAGCAACAAGACGCUCACCGGUAUCGCCAAACACUACUACUGGCCCCAUAUGGCAGACGACGUCCAGAAAUUCGUCACCUCGUGUGAUACAUGUCAGCGGAUGAAGAGCAGCAAGCAGAAAAAGGCGGGACUACUGCAGCCUCUUCCUGUCCCAGAACAACCAUGGCAAGUGGUUAGCCUAGACUUCAUCACCGGGUUACCACCUACCUCCAGCGGUCAUGACGCCAUCCUUGUCGUCAUUGACAAGUUCUCCAAAAUGGGACACUUCAUCCCGACACACACGACGGCACGCACCGAGGAGACAGCACAGCUCUUCGUUCGUCACAUCAUCUCACAGCAUGGCAUCCCAACUACACUCAUCUCCGACCGAGACCCCAAGUUCACUAGCAAGUUCUGGAAGGAACUUAUGUCUCUGCUCGGCACCAAACUCGCCAUGUCAUCCGCAUACCAUCCGCAGACAGACGGACAGACCGAGCGCCUCAACCAAAUUGUUGAGCAACUCCUCCGAGCAGCCUGCAAGGACGACAUCUCCAAAUGGGACUUGCACCUGCCCGUACUCGAGUUUGCUUACAACAAUGCUACACAUGCCGCUACUGGACAGACGCCGUUCUUCCUCUGCUACGGACGCCACCCACUCACACCACAAAAACCGACAGCAUCACCUACA